AUGGCAGAGCCACCCCGGAAGAUAAUAGAGGAUGAGGAGGAAUUCAUGAACGAUGUGGCAGCCUUCCACGAGAAGCGAGGGACAACCUUCGACCGUGAUGCCAAAGUCAGUGGCCGGCCUAUCUCCUUGCACAAGCUGUACAAAGUGGUCAUGGAAAGAGGUGGUUACGAUGUUGUGUCGGCAGAGCGCAUGCAGUGGAGGAGUCUCGUCUCAAAAUUCGGGUUCGGCAAAACUCACGAGGCUGUCAUGACAUUUCAACUCAAAACCGUUUAUUACAAGACUCUCGCUGCGUACGAGAUUGCGACGUACUGGGGAGAAGAGCCGCCGCCAAAAGAAAUUCUUGAAGACGUUAGCGCCAGAGGAGGCGAUCUCCGCAAACGAACCGUUGACAAUUACGCGGUUGGCAACCUGCGCGCGACUAUUGACGGCGCCAUGGGUGACGGAGCAGGCGAGUCGCAAGGGGAAGAGCAGCUGACACCAAAGAGGGAGAAGAUGGAAUCUGAAGAGCCCGGCAGUGCAAGCAGAUACCCUACCCGCCAGUUGAGACAGGACCCGAAGCGCACGCAGAUAUUCCAACCAGACACUGCGCCCUCACGCACCCGUAAUGUGCGCGCAACAGACUCUCCCUCAGUGCCAGCAGCCCAACCCAUCUACACCAGCGCGUCAGUCGACCCUCGCAGUUCAGGGUUUGACUGGUUUGACAAGUACGAGCCACGACAGCCCGUCGCCCUCACGCUGCGACAAGUCCAAACUCCCGGCAAUGAUCCCCUCUACUACCCCCGCAAGGCGCAGGCCAAAGCGAUGGCGACGCCUAGAGUUCCCCCAGAACCACAGCAGUUGCUCAAACAAGCCAUACCAGCUGGCAUGACGGGCCCAAAUAUCUAUCUCCGGUGUCUCUAUGGCUUACGAUCGGGAGUCCAAGAAGAGCAGGACUUUGCCCUACAUCACUUGGUCAAGGUGUCGUACGAGCGAGGUGACAAGUACAAAUUUGAAGGCUUCCCUUUCCUGGCCGAGUCACUGCUCGAAAAGGCGCUGGAGAUCACACAGCUCAUCUACGGCGUCAAAUGGGAGAUCUCGUACGAUGAAGACGAAGAGGGCCAGCCCUUGAACACCCUGAAUGCCGCCUUCGGUACAUCGGAUUUACUUGAACGUAUCCGUACUGCGACCCCGAAAGUCACUGACCAGGAGCUCGAGAUGGCCGACUUCUCGACGAGGUUGGAGAAGCUAAAGGAAGCUGUCCUGGUCCUGCGCAAUAUGGUCAUAUUGGAAGAGAAUGCACUCUUCAUUUCCAAAUUCGCCUUGUUCAAGGACUUCCUGACCAUUGCCGCCUCUCUACCCCAUCAAUCAAGGAUUGCAGAGUACAAGCAAUCGGCGCUCGAAAUAGCAGAACAAGUCACUCGAUACUGGUCGCUGAAGCCGAGAGACCCCUUGUAUCUUUCACUGCUUCCCUACCUGGAGUCCGAUGACCGCAGCAUGAUGAUCUCGGCGAUGCGAUCCAUCAAUAGAAUUGCUAUGGACACUCCCGACGUACAUCGCUUGACUGAUGUGCCGCUCUCAACCAUCGAGCGGCUGUUUUCAUUGACUCUCCUUGACGAUAACGAACUUCUGGAAGCUACCCUCGGCUUCCUUUACGCAUACACCGCCAUUCCAGAAAACAACACAGAACUCCUAUCCAAUGUGUUCCACCUCCUGCCCAACUUGAUCACACGACUCACUAGCCUGCUACUCUACCAAUCAAUCAAGCAGGAAGAAAAGGUGCUGUCUCAGCCGACUCCGAGGUCGCAAACUGCUCCCGCCAGCAUUCCGAUCGUUCCCCCGGAAGUGCAUGCACAUCUGAUGCAAUUUGUCGAGCCUGAACGCUCAUCGAGAUGGCUACGCUGUUGUUUCGAAGAGUCGCUGCUUGACGACAUCACCCAGAUCGCCAUAUGGCAAGCAUAUCAGGGCAAGUUUGCACAGAACAAUCCCAUCCCCGCAGCUGAGUUCAUCAAGAACGUGUCAAACACCUUUGCAGCCGCUCAGGCGCAAGUCAUCAAUGGGACUACGCCAAGAUUCAUCAUCAAGGGCAUCAAACCACGCAGAGUAGCGGUUGAUGUGCAAGGCCGACCUCUGUUCAGAUGCUUGUGGGACAUGACUCAGCCGAAUGCCCAGGAUCCAAGUGGCCGUGUCAAUUCCCGAAAUAUCUGCCCCAAUUGGUCAACCAAGCGCGAGAGACUGUGGGAGCACAUCAUGACCGAGCAUCUGAAGAUAGAAAAGACGCCGGAUGGACGGUUGCACCCCAAGCCUUCGGAGGAGUGGAUCUGCCGCUGGACGCACUGCAUGCGGCAAUCACCUCUUACCAAGGCGAGCGAACUCGGCCCACACAUGCGCGUGCAUAUUCCCCAGACUGCCGCCGAGCAGUCCAACUUCAUUCACGAGUUGGCAAAUGACGUUAAGGACUCCGACCCCGUUCAGAUGAAGCAUGAAUGGCAUUACACCGCAACGGAUGCGACCAACCACCCCUGCGGCAUUCCCUGGAUGAGCGUCAUGAUCCUCCGCAACAUCGCGCGCUAUGCCAACAAACACGGACAACCUUUUGAAAAGGAUGGCGUGAGGCUGAAUGAGAGACUGUUCACGGCCCACAAAUACAAUCUAUUCCACGUGUUGAGCGUGAAUCGGACAUUGAGAGAUUAUGUCAAUGAUCUGCUGAUGAUGAUUGAUGUGGCGGGGACGGGAGAGGAGAAAAGAGGCAUGAAGAGAGAACACGGGGACGAGGGGGACGAUGAGUAG